ACAGCCUCACUCUCCCCCACUCAUCACACACCAUCAGAGCACAGCCGAGAGCGAGACGCCCAAGCAACCACCACUCCACAGCUAAGCCAGCCACCGCGAGAACAAGUCGCAGCGGCGGCCAAGAACUCAUCUCCGCUCUCCAGCGAAGAAGCCUUCCAAGCUUGCCGUGCGCCAUGACUUCCAUGGAGCUGCUCCACGCCGUGAUCCCGGAGAAGCAGCGCGAGGACGCGGCGGCAGCUCUGGCGCCGGCGACGACGACGAGCAGCAGCGCCACCGCCACGAGCGGCGACGAGGGCUCCCACGUGCCGCAAGGGUGGACCAAGAGGAAGCGCUCGCGCCGCCAGCGGUCCGAGGAGGAGAACCUCGCGCUCUGCCUCCUCAUGCUCUCCCGCGGCGGCAACCACCGCGUCCAGGCCCCGCCGCCGGUCCCCGCCGCGGCGCCGGCCGCCGCGGAGUUCAAGUGCUCCGUCUGCGGCAAGUCCUUCAGCUCCUACCAGGCGCUGGGGGGCCACAAGACCAGCCACCGCGCCAAGCUGCCGACCCCUCCUGCUUCCGCGGGCGCUCCGGCCGCACCCGUCGUGGAGGCCCCCGCCCUAAUCACCGUCGUCGUCCCGCCGCCGAUCGAGGUCCGCGAGCCGGCCACUUCAUCCACCGCCGCGUCCUCCGACGGGGCGGCCGCCUCGAGCAGAGUCCACAGGUGCUCCAUCUGCCACAAGGAGUUCCCCACCGGGCAGGCUCUCGGCGGGCACAAGAGGAAGCACUACGACGGCGGCGCGGGCAGCGCCGCCGCCGCCGCCUCCACCGAUCUCCUGGCCGCCGCCGCGGCCGCCGAGACGUCCGAGGUGGGGAGCUCCGGCAACGGCAGCUCCGCGGCCCGGGCGUUCGACCUGAACCUCCCGGCCGUGCCGGAGUUCGUGUUCCGGUGCGGCAAGGCCGGCAAGAUGUGGGAGCAGGACGAGGAGGUGCAGAGCCCGCUGGCGUUCAAGAAGCCCCGCCUCCUGAUGACCGCGUGAGGACGCGGGUCCGAUCGAUCCGUCCAAAGAUUUUUGGUCUAGCUGCUGAGAGCUGGGUGGAACACUAUUCGUUCAUUCAUUCGUCUGGUACCAGUAGUACUAUUGUUUGAUUUGUUCUUGUUAUUACAGCUCUUGUACAGAGAGAGAGUGCGAGUCAGAUACAACACACAUACCAUACGUACGUAGGCCUUCCUCCUCUUGGAAGAAGUAUACUUGUAUCCCCUUAGCCGUCAGUUAGUAGUAUACCGUAGCUCAUACUCCAUUCUCGUGCAGAGAAGAUUGGUGAACUAGUGAUGCUUUCUUGUAACAUAUGGUAUAAAUGGAUUGAGGAUUAUGGAAGAAUCAGAUGCCUUUCUC